AUGUGUCUCCCCACCACGCAGCCUUGUCCCCAGGGGAAGGAGCUGCCCAAAAUGCAAACAGCCCUCCUGUGCCUGUGCCUGUGCCUGUGCCUGCUCGGCACGGCCCUCUCGACACCGGUGAGUAUGGCGCCCCAAGCUGCAGGGAACUGCGGGGGACAGCACCGGAUACUGCUGAAAGGCUGCAAUGCCAAGCGUGGCUUCUACGUUUUUGAAUAUGUCUUCUCACUUUCGACACAGAGGAACCAGACGCAGAUAAAGAAGGAGGAAGCUGAGCGCCGGACCACCAUCCCUAGUCAACGUCUGGGUGAGGACAAUGCCAGGUGGAGGCCGACGGAGGACAGGCCAGCCCUGGAGCGAGGUGACAAUGGCAGCACCGAUGCGAUGGAGAUCGGGAUGAGCCUCCAGCCCAAAAACCGCAGCACUCCAGGUGCUGGCGGGGAUGCUCACAGUCCUCGCCCAGGCACCAGGACGCAAGCACGUGGUGGUGUUGGCAUCAUGGGUUCCACCCCGGCCAGCUUGGAGGGCAGUGGUGACUUGGAUUUGGUGGCUGAAGUCAAUGGUGGUGUUUCCAUUCUCCCCCAGGGCAAACAUCCCAGUGAGUCCGUGAUGAGGAACAGGUCUGGUGUGAGGAGUGAGGACAGGGACAGUGGUGCUCCUGAGGGGGUUCCAGAGAAGGGGGCGACAACAGUCGAGAGGGAGAGGGAACCUGCCACUGGAGGGGCUGGAGAGGAGGGCAGCGGUGAGGCCACCGUCCCUGGCCAAGGGCAGGAGAAUGUCAUUUGGGGCACAGGGACAGGAGUCACAGCACUGACCUCUGUCACCGAGAAGAUGGAGGAUGUUCAAGUUGAUGGUGAAGGUGUGGAUGAAUACCCUUACAUCCCCGACUCAGGCAGCGUCACCGUCACCCACGGGAAGGUGGGCAGCACAGUGAAGGCCACCAGCUUUGCUCAGAUAUCUCCAGACAAGGAUGACGAGGUCAACAUCUUCAUUAGGAGGGCCAACAUCCAUGUAGGGGAGCAAGAAACCACCCAGGCUGGUACCACUGUUGGCAGCGAGGAUGACAGCAUCCCCUCUGUGGGAACCAGCAGCCCCCUGCCUGGGCUGGAUGUCACUGUGGCAUACGAUGGCAAUGGCGAUGACGGCAUCCCUGCCGGUGGAGAGCCUGAAGGACCCCAAAGCCAUGGAGACAGCAUCACCAGAAGCCCUGGGGAUGGCCGUCCCACGGGAGAUGACCAGGAUGGCGCUGCCACGGUUGAUGAUGGAGAAGGACAGACAGUCCCCGGCCCCUGGCGGGUCACUGAUGGUGAUGUUACUGUCCCUGAAGGGUCUAGGAUCCACGGGAAGGGUGAUGAUGAGGCGAGAGGAGCGGGGCAGAGGUUGGAGGGAGGUCCGGGCCACCUGGCUGCCAUCACCCCCCGAAAGGAGG